AUGUCUGGCUCUUUAGAAACUAUUGUUGUUGCUAGUAUCAAAUUAGUUUUCAGGGUUGUGGCUUUUUCAUGUUCUCAAAGUAGUGAUCCUAGAUCUGAUUCUGUAGAUCAAUUUUCCUUGUUGCUAACAGUCUUCUCUUUUCUUGUCUUUUAUACUAUCUCCUUAAAAAAAAAAGCAGCCACCUUUAAGACAAGGAAGCAGCUACCUUUAAGACAAGGUGCUGUUAGCGAUCUUCCUCCAGGAAGUUUUUGUUGGCCUUUAGUAGGGGAAACCUUGGAUUAUCUCAGCGAUGUCAAAAAUGGCAGCCUAGUCAAGUUUCUAACACAAAGGAGGAGCAAAUACUCUUCCAAGAUUUUCAGCACCGCAUUGAUUGGGCAUCCAAUGGUGUUCUUGUCUGGUGCAGAUGGCAAUAAGUUUCUAUUUUCAAAUGAGAAUAAGCUUACCCAUCAAAAAGCUAAUCACAAAGACUUUGCAAGCACACGCAAGUUGCUAUCAGCGCCUCUCAGAUCAGAGUCUCUUCAAAGAUUCAUAAGCAUACCAGAUGCUAUUUUGAGAUGCCAUCUUCAGACAGACUGGAAUUGCCCACAAAUUAAGGUUUUACCGGCUGUUAGGAAAUACAUAUUCUCAUUAGCCUGCAAAUUAUUCCGGAGUAUUGAUGACACAAAUAAGGUUGAAAGAUUGUCCAAGUAUAUGGAGGAUAUCUCCACUGGUCUGCUCUCUAUGCCUAUAAAUUUACCAGGAACCACUUUCAACCGAGCUGUCCGAGCAUCCAAGGAAAUGCGUAAGGAGGCCACAAAUGAGCAAGAACAGUUUUUGAAUGAGUCCGAUAUUGCUAGCAACAUUGUAGGCUUAUUACAAGGUGGCUAUAGCACGGCUAAUGCUGCAAUAACCAUUAUUAUGAAAUAUAUGGCUGAGUAUCCCAAGGUAUACUCUGAGGUCCUCAAAGAGCAAAUGGAGAUAGCCAACUCAAAAACUGCAAAUGAUUUGCUAAAUUGGGAGGAUUUAAGGAAAAUGAGUUAUUCUUGGAAUGUUGCAAGUGAAGUGCUGAGGCUGGCACCUCCAGUACAUGGGACAUUUAGAGAGGCUAUUGAAGACAUCAGAUAUGAUGGUUACACGAUCCCAAAGGGAUGGAAGAUGACACCCAUAAAAACCCAGACUACUUUUAGAAUCCAUAUAAAAUUUGACCCUAUGAGGUUUCAAGGGAAUGGACCGGCUCCUUAUACGUUUGUUCCAUUUGGAGGAGGGCCUCGAAUGUGCCCUGGAAAUGAGUAUUUCCGCAUGGUGGCUCUUGUUUUUAUGCACAACGUGGUAACAAAGUUCAGAUGGGAGAAGGUGAUACCAGAUGAGAAACUUGUCUCAGCUCCAACUCCAAGACCUGCUCAAGGGCUCCCUGUUCGCCUUUAUCCUCACAAGACCUGA